CGCCUGCCCCGGAAAGAUCCUCAGACUGAGGGCUGAGGAGCAGAGCACACGAUGGCGAGGGUCCUCCUACUCCUGCUGGGCUUUCUCCUGGAGGCGCUCUGCGACAUCAGGGCUCGCGACCCUGAGGUCGAGGAGGACGGGGUUCAAGGUCACGCGGGGUGGCAGCCUCAAAGGUUCGGGGUGCACGGGAAGAGCCCCCCUGUCCCCGGAUACGGCCCUUUACCGGGGGGUCCCGUGUACCCCCACGUGGGAAGCCGAGAGGAGUCAGCGCCCCCUUCGGGGAAGUUUCAAAGCAAUGGCGCGCGAACAGGGAACUGGUGCAGCUUCGUGCACCAGCACAAGGUCACCGAAGCUGUGGUCGUGGGCAAGGAGAGUUACAUAGCCAAGUCCCUGAGCCCCUGUCCCAACGGCCAGGCCGACUGCCGGGUGGUCAUGUACAAGGUCUCUCUCAGGCCUGUAUAUAAAGACGAGGAGAAGAUUGUCACGUCUCUUCUGUGGCACUGCUGCCCGGGUUUUGGAGGACAUGACUGUGAAGCCACCGCGGCAGAUGCCCAUGCCUCGGAGCCUGGGGACCGGACCGCUGGGGACCCUCGGGAGGGGCUCGGCGACGCCCAGCUGCAGGCAUCUGCUCGGGAGACACAACUCUCAGAGGACCUCAGCUGGGAACAGAGGGACUUCCAGCCUCCCGGGGACCCACUUGGCAACUCACCACACCCCGCUGUCUCUCCCCGUGACGUCAAACAGACUGGUGAGCACAGAGGGGCUGUGGCCUCUGUGCCUCUCCCUGCCCCGCCUACAUCUGGGACCCCGCCCCUCCACCACACCACUGCAGCGCUGAUGGCUCAACUUUCCCCCGUGCUGGACGGCUUCAACCGCACCCUGAGGCGGCUGUCCCAGGAGGUGGGGCGCCUCUCCCACGGCCUGGCUGAGCUGCGGAGGGACCAGCAGGGCGGGGCCCCACAUAGAGGAGGAGGAGGAGGAGGAGGAGGAGGACCUAGAGGCCACAAUCUUGAGGCCCGGCUCAUAGCGAGCACUAACCAGAUCGGCCAGGUGAGGGCCCUGCUGAGCGCCAGGCAGAACGAGCUUGAGGGUCGACUGCAAUCCCAGCAUGCUGCGCUGCACCACCACCUGACCGCCUUCAAGGCCGACACCGACAUCAAGAUUGGGCAAAAUCAGGCCAGCCUUCGGUCGCUGAACGCAACCUUGGAGGAUGUAAUACUGAAUCAGCGUCGGCUGGAGGAGGCGGCGCUGGGGUGGGGCGUCGGGGGCGGAGGCGAGCCUGGGCUGGGAGCGGCCGCGUGGCAGGCCAUCGGAAGGCUGCAGGCCACGGUGUCGAGCAAUGGCGCCAGGGUCGCCGCCCUGGAGGGGAAAUCAGAAACGGCAGUCCGCCACCUCGGGGACCUGCAGAGGGGCCUCCGGGGCCUGGAGGGGAAGCUGGCGCUGACGGGACGCGGCACCCAGGCCCACUUCAGCGACACGGCGCUGGACGUGGAGGACGCCAAGGCCGCGAUGCUGGGCAGGGUGGCCGAGCUGGCCGACAACCUCACCGCCCACGGGGAGCACCUGAGCGAGCUGGACUCCGACAUGCGGUACCUCCGGGAGCGGCUCGGCGGCGCCGCCGCCCCGCCGGGAUGCGACUGCCCCGCCCUGGCGAAGGCCGUGUCCGAGCUGCAGCGGGACGUGGCCGGCGCCGCCCGGGCGGCCGAGGAGGACCGGCGGGCCCGGGAGGAGGGCGCUGGGGGACCGGGACCGGGCCCUGGGGUCGGCUCGCUGUCCGACCUGCGGCAGGGGCUGCGGCAGGUCCGGGACUCUCUGGCCUCGGAGCAGGACAGGGGUCGCGCGAUGGCGCUCAACGUGACCCGGCUGCAGGCCGCCCAGGAGCAGGUCCAGCGGGACGUCCUGGCCCUGCUGCGGCGGGACGGCGAGAAGACCAAGGAGAUGCGCCGUCUCGCCGGCUCCUUCUCCUCGCUGCUGAAGGACGCCAUCCGCCACUCGGAGGUGCUGGAGGUCCUGCUGGAGGAGGAGGUGCUGGAGUUCAAGAGGCUCCCGCCCGAGGAGCAGCGGGAGUACUCCAUACCCCUGCUCCGGAGUAGGAUCCUGCUCGCUCAGGAGCAGGUCGGGAGUCACGCCGUGACCCUGGCCGCUCUGGAAAGUCCCGUUGCUAACGACGACCCUUCGGCCGCCCUCACGGAGAGGUUCAAGAGGGAGGCUGACGCGGCGUACGGCCCCGAGGACUACUCUGUCAGCGACUUCUGGAGCCUGGGGAGAGAGGUGGAGGAGCUGGAGACCAGGCUGGGCCAGCUGGAGGGUCGGAGUUGCCUCGACCGCUGCUGCAACUGCACCUCACGCACCACUACCGUUGCCCCCACAGGCCUGGCGGUGGAACUGCAGGACGAGGUUGUCACGCUGCGCAGGGAGUUGGAGGAUCACCUGCACGUGUUCCGGAACGUCUUUGGCAACACGGGCGGCCUGGAGCGUUCCAACGGGACGCUGGACCUGGAAGUACUGUGGGCAGCAGUGAGGGAAAAAGAGGGGAAGAAGAAGUUAAAAAAGCAGAGGAAAGACGAGGGGAGGAGCGACCGUCACAGAGCAGAGAUGAUUAACUCACGCAGUAAAAGGGAACCGGUCCCAAAGGCAGCAGACCUCUCCCAGUUUCCCGACGCCUCCAUCGCUUUCCUGGCCCGCAGCCGCGACGGUGCCCAGCGGCCCGGCCCGCUCACCUUCGAGAGCGUGACGCUGAACCGCGGGCGGGCGUACUCGGCGGGGACGGGCGUCUUCCGGGCGCCCCGCGCGGGGCUCUACCUCUUCCUGCUGACCCUGGACUUCGGCCCGGGCCCCGGCGCGGCCGUCCUGAAGAGGGACGGGGCGCCGGCGGCCACCGUGCGGCGAGGCCGCGGCGAAGCGGGCGGGGCCGUGACCCGGGUCUGCGCCCUGGAGCUGGGGCGGGGGGAGCGGGUCCACCUGGAGCUGGAGCGAGGGACCGUGGGGCCCGGAAACCCGGCGGACAACGCCUUCGCCGGCCUGCUGGUCCUGGGGACCACCUGAGGAGCAACCGCCUCACACUGGGGAAACCGUGUAGUCAGCCUGUCCCCCAAACACUGACCCAAGAUCAGCUUCAUGCCUCCUUAUUUCAAACCCUGCCAUUUUGUGUAUAAAGUCGGCUACUGCAUGAGGAUUCGAGGGACAGAAUCCACUAGCUGCAGCUUUGGAAUAUUACCGUGCAACUGUAACGAUGGUGCAAGCGAGAGGGGCUAAGCAGGGCUCUACAGCGCUGCCAGUUUAGGAGAAUUUGCUCUGAAAAACCGAUGUGUGCUAGCUGUAAAAGUUAUUCAGGAGUGCAUCUACCAGUUGGGAUGCUUUAAUGUGCUGCAAAAUAUUUCGACUUUGGAGCACAUGCACUCCUUCGAAAAAAUGGUAGCACAGAGCCCUGCUGAGAUACUUUGGGGCGACUUCCACUAUUACUGGGCUCCAUCUUACCCACGUCUUUCAAACGCGACCCAUAGUAUUACAGGGCUUUUAGAUAGUAACAUCCAGAAUCCAGACUGCAUGUUAAACCAGUCACUUCUCCGACCAUGGGUACUACAGGCACCUAGAUUAAGGCAAUCUUCAGGAAUUAAACUAGGGUGGGGAGAGACAAUCCCAUUGAGUCAGUCUGGGGUAUUCAUGCUGCAAUGCUUUUGCUUUCCAGCAGGUGGGGGUAAUACUAUGCAAGGCUAUGACAAUGCCCACCUUAAAGACUAUACAAGACCGAUCUUUUCUGUACACCAUAAUAUAUUUAUAGUAGACAGCACUCUGGUGUAGAGCAUACACAAUUAUUUGUUUCACAAACAUUUUUAAAGACACUCUGUGCUUGCAUUUCCUCUGUGUGAUAGUGUGUACAUUUAAAGCACUUUACAUUUCGCUGGUUACCUGGGAGACAUCAGGGACCAUGAUACAGUGUAAAAAGCCCACUUGGUGCUACUGGGCAAAAUAAAAAUAUAAAUAAUAUAUAUAUGCAGUGUUUAUGACUUUUCCCUACCUUUACCCAACAAUACCCAAAUCUAGAGGUGUAAAAAAUCCAGGUUCAGGAAGUAAAGGUCCUCCCAAUAUUUUGUUCCAAUGACCUGGAUUUGCCAAUUAGCACAAUUCUUUAGCAAGAAGAGGUGGUGCUGUUUAGUAAAAUCAGCUGGCUGAGGUCAUGGGUGGAAGAAACACAUAGCCAAACUUUUACUUUCUGACCCCUGGAGUUUCCACCUCCGCACUACUCUACAACUGUUAGUGUGACACACAGCAUGUCUCCAUCAACAGGAACACGUGGCUAAAGACUCAAAUGCCUGCAAAUGUGCAGGACUGCAGAACCCACUUAAACAAAUACAAUAAAUGUUUUUGUCUUCCACUCAAUGUGUAGCCAGUUAUGGUGAAAUACAUGCCACCUGCAUCUUCACUAAGUAGUUGCAGAGUUUGACUGGUGUCUGACUGAAUGCAUAGUGGAAAUCGAUGGCAUUUUGAUGGGUUUUGUAAAAUAUUUUUUUAAACAUUCACCUCUCAACUCACCUCAAUCUCCCUCUGAUUCAUCAGUAGGAUCUGGAUACCAAUUUGGAAACCACUGAGAUGCCCUUGACUGCAGACAUUCUAUGUUAUUUCCCAUUUACCAGAGUUAUAAGACCUCACGGUCUCUCUUGAACAACUCCAUUGAGCAAAUACGACAAGACCACAAUGCUUUGUACUAAAAUAAGCUUAUUUAAUUAAAAACUGAUAAAAUGGACAUAAUCUGUGUACUGAAUGUUUCAUUUUCCCUUGGUAAACAUAUUAAGGCACCUUUUACUUGGACCAGAUGCUGUACAAAAUACAAAGAAGUUAUAGAGGUUUAGAGGUUAUUCUUAUAUGCAUAUAUAUAACACAUAGACAAAGGGAGAGAACAUACUACUACUGCUUGGGAGUCCAUUAACAUACACUACACAUAGCUAAAUUUAUUUACCUACACAAUGACUAUAAAACAGGUGCAAACCUUACUGUCGACAUGGUUUCCAACACAUGCACAUUCUGCAUGAUUUAUAGUUGUAGGGAUUGUUUUUCAUCCGCUGGUUUCUA